AUGAACUCUUUCUCUCCUCGAGAUUUCCAGGAGUGGGUAGAUCGACGCCAAAGCACCCAGUCCGCCUCCACCGUGUCGUCUGCGUCAACGAGUAUCCUCUUCCCGAGCCCUGCGACAUCCCCAGGGUCCAGCUCGAGGAAGCAAUCCUGGCAGCUCUACGACGAUGUCGUGCGGCUCGAGCUGACUCCCUCUGUGCAAAUUUCCUUUGUGAAAAGCGGCCAGCUAUUCAAGCUGAAAUACAAAUUCAUUGAUAUUUGCAAGGACUCAACGGGCGCAUUGAGAUGUCUCGAACUAGGUGGAGGACUAGGCCAGCAGACUCCUUUUGUCCAUGGCUUCUCCAAUACAAAACUCCCUGUCCCUCACCUGGAGCAUCCAAAAUCAGGCAACGAUUACCCUCUUCGCGUAUCCUUUAUGGACCAGCAAACUGUCCAAUCGGCAAGCACAGUAUUCAUGACGCAAUUAUCAUAUAAAUUUGAUCAUUGGGAUGAUUGUGUACGAUUUCAAGAACUCCUACUCGGAUCCAAGCUGGUGUUUAUUGGCGGUAUGGCCGAGGCCAAGUCUAAAGGCCGGGGUGAAGAAUGCAUUAGCCAAAAUCUUCGCGUCCUCCGCGGGCAUAAUGGCAAACGCGUCAUGCUGUUCUUUGCUAACUCCCAACGGAGGGAGCUCAAACGAUACGUUUCCAUUCCCUCCUGGCUAGUAAAUUGCAUCGCUUCAAUUAAACCCCCGAAGAAGGCCGGGCGACCAGCCCUACUUGAUUUGAAUCCGAACUUCGAUAUCCUGUCUCAAAUGAGAAAUCUUACGAUUCAGUUUCUUGACGACGAUGACUGCGCAGCAUUUUGUCAGAUGUUGUCGUACGACCUGACGAUUGGAUGA